AAACCAGUAUCAUAGCCUACACAAUGUUUGGAACUACACCACGGUCUUCAUUUCGUCUCAAGAAACAUAAUGUUCGUUAGUUAACUUAAAUUCAUCAGACCCAUGUGGCAUUUUGAUGCGGUGAAAAUUCUCAUUAAAUUUCUGUAGGUUAUAUGGAAUAUAACCUACCAAUAAAUAUAACUUCCUAUUGCAUUUUAAUAUUCCUGCACUUCAAGAUACAAAUACACAACAGUACAAGAUGUCAGUUCUAUAUCAAAAAGUUUCCGAUCUCUUAGAAUGGAUAGACAAAAAUGGAGAUUCAAGAAUUAAAGAUUAUUGGUUAAUGGAUUCGCCAUGGCCAGUUGUGAUAAUUCUUACCGCUUAUCUAUACUUUGUUCUGCAUGCUGGUCCAAAAUUCAUGAAGUAUCGUAGCCCAUUGAAAAUUGAUAGUAUUGUAAUGGUGUACAAUGUUGUCCAAGUUUUAUUUUCAGCCUAUCUAGUGAAAGAGGCAUUUCGGUUAAUAUGGCUUCAAGAUGACUACAAAAUAAACUGCAUUGAAAUUGAUUACAGUGACACAGAUAAAGCUAAAGACAUAGUUGGUGCUGUGUGGAGUUAUUUCUUUUCUAAAGUCUUAGAUCUACUCGACACGAUAUUCUUCGUGUUACGUAAAAAACAAAAUCAAGUGACGUUUUUACACAUCUAUCAUCAUACAAUGGUCUUGAUGUUUAGCUGGGGUAUAAUAAAAUUCUAUCCAGGAGGACAAAUCAUCUUAUUUGGGACCAUAAAUGCAUUUGUUCACGUUGUCAUGUACAGUUACUACUUCUUGACCAUAUUGAAACCAGGGUACAAAAAAGCAUGGUGGAAAAAAUAUUUGACACAAUUACAACUGGUUCAAUUCGUUAUCACUGGUCUUCAUGGAUGUGUAACAUUAUUGUCAACGGACUGCAGUUUUCCCAAAUUUGUACUAGCGUUAGCAUUGCCACAAGAUAUGUUUAUGUUUGUUUUGUUCUGGGACUUUUACAAAAAAGCUUAUAGACAACCCAAAAAUAAACUGACUUAAUUAUUUGUGAACAA